AUGACGGGCUAAUUGUUCGCAUCCACCGCUUCCUCGGUGUUCUUCUUACAGUCGGAGCUGUAAAAUGAACAGGUUCGAGUAUACGGAACAUCAAUUGUCACCCAAUGAACUUCACGUCAGACGCGACCGAGGCAUCAGACUCUAUGAUGGGGACACCAAGAGUCCUUUUGAGGGUGGAGAGGUAACGCUGACUAGCCAUAGAAUAAUUUACAAAACGCAAGAUAAUCUCACAUUUGCCUUAAGACUAAGUUUAAUUAUAUUUUUUGAAGAGGAAAAUCCAGGAGCUUUGUUUUUUACUCGUAGCAAGAAAGUAGUUUUACAUUUGACUGAGCCACCCAGUGAUAAACUUACUGGACCAAUUGAUCAUAGCUAUCAUAAUCAUGUAAAGCUGUCAUUUAAAGAAGGAUUAGAUCCUAAUUUUGUUAUACACCUAUCUGAUACAGUUACUAAAAGACUUUGGGAGAUAAUACCUUUAAACAUUUCAAUAGUCACAAAUUCUAUAAGUGUGCAGGGGAGCUCUAAUACAAAAGUACUACCUCAAAUAAAACCUAGAACUGGUAUUAUAGGAAUCGAAAGAAGUAUACAGGAGCAACAAAAAGCCACAGAUGAAAGUAUAACUAUUGCAUUUCAAGAUUUGAAAAAGCUCAUGGUCAUGGCUAAGGAUAUGGUUACAAUAUCUAAGACAAUAUCUGCAAAAAUAAGGGAACGACAAGGAGAUAUCACAGAGGAUGAGACUGUUCGAUUCAAGUCAUAUUUGAUGAGCUUGGGUAUCGACGAUCCUGUAACCAGGGAUGCCUACAAAACUGAAAAUGAAUAUUUUAAACAGCUCGCUCGACAGAUAGCUGAAGUAUUAGAAGAGCCUAUCAAGGAAGUUGGUGGAAUGAUGGCAUUGACUGAUGCUUAUUGUCGAGUGAACAGAGCUAGAGGUUUAGAAUUAGUUUCUCCUGAAGAUUUGCUGAAUGCUUGCAGACAACUGGCACCAUUGAAUCUACCUCUAAUUCUAAGGACUUUUGACAGUGGAGUUAUGGUUUUACAAGCAAGAGUUCAUAGUGAUUAUGAAGUUGCUGAAGCCGUGUCACAAUUGAUAAAGGACAGAGGGUCAAUUACAGCUACGGAAUUAGCACAAUCAGCGGGAAUUUCUGUGAUUUUGGCCUGUGAAAGGCUUCUCAUGACAGAGAAAUAUGGAAAGGCCUGUAGAGAUGAUUCAAUAGAAGCAUUGAGGUUUUACCCUAACUUGUUCCUGGAACAGGAGUCGUGAUAAUUGUAAAGUUAAUGUAAAAUAUUCAAACUGCUUUAAAUUCCUAUAGAAUAUGAUGCGAUUCACUCAAUACUAAUAUAAGCAAAGUAAGUGUAAAUCGUACAAUGAAUUUUGAAUAUUUUUUAAAUGAACUUUUUAGAAAGGAUAAAAUUGUUACUUAAUGUUGUAGGUUGACAAAUGUAUUAUAUGAGCAAAUGAGUGUUAUAAGUUUUAAAUUAAAAUGAAAAAUAUUUAAGUAUAAUAAACGCUUAAUUCAAACUAAUAUUCAUGGUUAUAUUUUUUCAGUAGAACAAUGACAAAAAAUAUUUUUAACAUUUGAAAUUAGUUUUUUUUACUGUCAUAGUGUAUAACACGUUAAAUAAUAACUUAUGGUGUUUUCCUAUUUUCUUGUGUAAUUAAAACUUUCAUGAUAUUUCAGAUAAAUUUUUCUUAGCAUAUUAGGAACAGAAUAAAAAUUUUGUAUGGUUAAUAAAUACCAACACUUGUAUUAGUUAGAUUUAGGUUUAUUCUAGUAUUCACUCUUAUGCGUGACACACUCGACUGAACGGGAAGCGCAAUGUAUCCAACAAUAUCCUUACAAAUUUUGAUUUAAUAUAACAGUUUAAUAUAUAGUAUUAUUUUUGUUUAUAUAAAAAAUGGUAAGUUAAAAUUGUAAUGAAUAUUUAAUGUCCAUAAUAUAUCUUAAAAGUAUCAUUGAUAUAAAUAUAUAAAAUUUCCAAUUGAAGUAUAUAGUGUAUAGUGCAAUGUAAAAUCUGGAAGUUGUAAGUUGCAUUCAUAAAAAAUACAUACAACAUAAU